AUGGGUGUGUCGCGCUCACGGAGGCAGUCUAUCGAUUGCCAUGGAUGUAACAUACCUCCGCCAUCACCUCAACCAUCCUCCGCUUUCGAGGACAUUUUCGACGUCGAUUCACCCAUCUCAAGACCCGUUAGCGAGGCCUUCAUGUCCGGAACUUCCACACCGAAUGGCACAGCCAAUUCUCGCCCGCCUUCCCUAACCGAAAUCCUACUCGAUGUAGCCUCGCCACCAUGGACUCUCAGUGCCUUCAUGGCCUAUCUUUCUCAAAAUCACUGUAUGGAAAGCCUCGAAUUUACUCUCGACUCGCAACGAUACGCCGCCUUCUAUAACGAAAUCAUCACCAACAACCCGAACCGCACCCAAGAUGAUAAUGACCGCGUUUGUGUGUUAUGGGAAAAGCUUAUGCAGGUUUACAUCAUCCCUUGUGCUCCUCGAGAGGUCAACCUCCCGGCUCGCAUUCGCGAUCAGCUGCUCGGUCUCCCUUGCGGCCCUUCUCCUCCCCACCCCGCACAAUUGGACGAGGCUGGUCGAAUUCUCUACGAACUGAUGAAUGAUUCUCUGCUCGUCCCAUUCCUCCAAUCCGUCGCCCCCAUGCACGUUGAUGCACCCGCAGAGGAGCAAGGCCGUGGAUCUCGCCGGUCCUCAAACAGCAACAAUCGUAUGGGUGCUCCUGUCCGAUCGAUGAAUUCGAUGCACCAUGCCGAGCCCGAGUCCUUGACAGACGACAGCGAUUGUAACUCAACUCCGGGGAUGGAACCCAUGACUCCCCCAACUACGCCGCCCACUUCGGAAUGGGCUUUCACUACUUCUCCUGGUGGUCUCCAACGUGCUGUGGCUGCUCACAACAAGGGCUGGAAGAAGAUGGGCGCCAAGCUGGGUUUCAACCGCAAGAGCUCAAGAACACGCUCUGCCCCCACCUCAUCCCAUCCUGCCGAAGGGUUCCAUAUGCACCAUGACUCCUUAUGA